GACCCAGAAGGACGAGAUUACGACCCUCAAGAAGACCGUAGCGACUCAGAAGGACGAGAUUACGACCUCAAGGAGAGCGUUGCGACUCUCGAGGAGAGCGUUGCGACCCUCAAGGAGAGCGUUGCGACUCUCGAGGAGAGCGUUGCGACCCUCAAGGAGAGCGUAGCGACCCUCCAGGAGAGCGUUGCGACCCUCGAGGAGAGCGUAGCGACCAGAAGGAUGAGAUUUACGCGCAAGAGGAGAAAUCAAACGACGGCCGAGCGGAGGAAAAACUGCGGAGGAGGCACUCUCCGCCCGCGUCACAGCUCUCGAGCAGAAGAUGCAGGCCUGGGAGAAGAGCCUCGAAGACGUUGCUGA